AUGAAUGUGGAGGAUGAUAAUUCAAGUUGUUCAACUGAGGAUGAUGAAAUUUAGGAAUAGAGAGGUGGUUUUCGAGAAAGAUUUUGGAAUAUGAUAUCUUCAUUAGAUGGAGCUUUAUUCAAUAGUUUUGUGGUUUAUGAAGGAACUUGUAAAAUGAGAAGCUUAUUGUUGCAAUGCUUGGAUGAUUCAUUGAGAUAAUAAUUAUAUCUUAUAAAUUUGGGGUAUUUGCAUGCACUAUUUCAUACUUAUGAAUAUGUGAAUACCCCACUUUAUGCAAGGUAUGUUAAUCGAUAUUAACAUGACCCUGAUUAUAUAGAUUAUGUUGUUGAGUUGCUUAAAAUUAAACAUAACAUUUUAGAAUAAGAAGUUGAUUGGUAUAUAAAAUAUAUGACAGAAUGUCUAGAAAUUGAAAACAAAGUAAAAGGCGGAUUGCAUUUUUACCCUGUUUUAGAAUAAGAUCCAAGAGAAGCUCGUCAUACACGUGCAGUAAUUAAUCAUGCAUUAGAACAAUUAGAAACUAUUGCUUCUAAGAUCAACUUAGAUAAUGCUAAAGAUUAUAUAAAAGAUAAAGAACGUUAUUCAUGGUGUUUGGCUGGAAUGAUCACUCUAUUACCUCAAGAGGAACAAAAUCCUUUUAAACAAAAUGGAAUACAUCAAAGAUGGCAAAAAGCUAGAAUGAUGAUCUAAUAAGCAGACUCAUAACAAUGAAAUUCAAUCAUAUAUAUGUCCCCUCUAAUUAUUGCC